CCGUCGAAGGUGCUUUCUUCUGACAUACUCCAUCGGUCUGGAUCAAAUUCUGGAGCAGUUUUUUCGCUUUACUUUUUAAUUAAUCAAGUGUUUUACUUCCUACCAAUAUGUCCCGGGAGGAUUUGUUGUAUCUAAGUAUGCUCCUGGUUUCAAUCCCAAUAGGACAUGCCAUUAAAUUGUGUGGCUCGCCGGCAAGAAAACAAUUGUUGUGUACUCUAGCAGGUCUUGCUCUAACUGUCUGCCUCUUAGGCACUGGAAUAUGGCAUUCCUUAACUGUGGUCGUUGGUACAUACAUCAUCGUGGUACUGCUAGGACCAAGGCGCUGUCAAUGGCCAGCUUUUCUGUUUGUAUUUGGGUAUUUGUUUUUCUUUAGAACUUGCAGUCAGUUUGGCUUUACAAAACCUCCCAUGUACUCAAAUGCUGUUCAAUUGCUGAUAACACUUAGGCUUUGUACUCUUCCCUUUGAGAUUUUUGAUCCUGACAUCACCAAAAAUAAAGAUGCUGCUACAUCAACACCUUCAUUUUAUGAGUUUUUAAGCUAUUGUUACUGCUAUUGUGGUUUGAUGACUGGCCCUUACUAUCGCUACAAGACCUAUCGUGACUUCUUAGACCAAGAACAUCCUGAGAAAAUAGCCACAUUUUAUCCGGCUGUAAGGCGCCUUAAAGAACUUCCUCUCUGGGGAAUCUUGUACCUUAUAAUGAGUGUAUAUUUCCCUGUCAGUCAUAUCGGUACCAAGGCUUAUGUCAAUCAUCCUUGGGGCCUGGCAUAUCAUUUAGCAUACCUUGUACCUGCUUUUAAUGGUUUUCGUUGGCGUUUUUACAUUGGGUGGUUGUUGGCUGAAAGCAGCUGUAUGAUGCUAGGGCUUGGUGCUUAUCCUUUUGAGACUGAUCCUAAACCUGGACUGGGUCCUACAAAACCUAUACCUACAACCAAUGGGACUGUAGAGAAGAAAGAAACAGAAGGGGAUGAUACUGRAGAUACUCACAGCUUUGAGACCAUUCACAAUAUCAGGAUAUUAGAGGUAGAGUUUUCACCUGCCAUGUCAAAGAUUAUGAAAGACUGGAACAUGACAGUCCAGUGGUGGAUUUCAGUGUUUGUUCACAGAAAACUACCWUUCACCAACAAAAAUGUCAGAUUAUUUUURACUCUAUUAGUGAGUGCAUUCUGGCAUGGUGUGGCUCCAGGCUAUUACCURACGUUCCUUAGUGUUCCACUGAUUGUCAUCUCAGAGUACCGCAUGUCAAAGUCUAUCAAACCUUACUUGUCCGCAAAGUUAUGUUAUGUCUACGACUGGUGUAGUUAUUUUUGUUUAUAUCGUGCAAUGGAYUACACUGGCUGUGGGUUCAUGCUAUUACAACUAGGACCUUGCCUUGCUGCAUGGAAAAGUCUUUACUUUAUUGGUCAUAUUAUUAUAGUUUUGUUUAUUAUAAUUCCAUCCUUUAUACCAAGAAAGCAUAAACCUGAAGACAAGGAAGRUGUCAAGAAAGAAUCUUAAGUAACAAAGGGAUUAUGAGAACACAAUGGUUUCUACAGGGGUUUUUGCAACUCAUAAUUAGAGUGAAAAAGAGUCUGAUCAUAAGGUGCGCARAACUCCUGGAGCUACACCAUCUUGUAAAGGAUAAAACAUGUUUGGUUUAUUAUUAAACUAUAAUUUUGACAAGUC